CUUUCAGUUGAUGAGAAGAAACCGGUCGAGAACACGGCGACACCGAGAACAACCUGAAUUUGGGAGACGGGCGACCAUGGUGCAAGCUCUGCCGCCCACGAAUAGCAGCGCCGAUUAACAUGCCGAUUUUUUUGUCUUCUUAUUCACCAGGGAGAUGGCAUAUCCGAGAGGCUGGCCCUUUUGCUUUGUGCCCGCGAGCCUACUUCGCCUUGAUCGCCGCCUUGUCCGAGUCAUCCUCGUCGCCGCCAUCUUCAUGACGGCUCUGAUGCUACUUCAACCUGCCCGACCACACCUUCCUGUUGGCCAACCACACCUGCCUGCUGACCGACCGCCGCCCGCGCAUCGCCGCCUCGAGAUCCGCUUCAAACCGAGCAGUUUCGACUGGAGGACUGUAAAGCAGCGAUACCCGGUCCCUUCGCUCCGAGCGCUGCCUACCGACCAUCCGAACCAGCUCCACGCCGUUCAACAUGACUUCACCGAUUACGUGCACGAUGCAACUACCCAACAUCGCCAGCAGGCUGUUCGAAGUGCCUUCGCCAAGAGCUGGCGCGGCUACAAGGAACAUGCAUGGUUGCGGGACGAGCUGACGCCCGUGACAGGCCACGGAAAGACGACAUUCGGAGGCUGGGCCGCGACGCUGGUGGAUGCGCUCGAUACCCUCUGGAUCAUGGGCCUUAGCGAUGAGUUUCACGACGCUGCCGCCGCCGCUGUCCAGCUGGACUGGGCCAAGACAAAGGACACCGCUGCCAACCUCUUCGAAACCACCAUCCGGCACUUGGCCGGCCUCAUCAGCGCAUACGAUCUCAGUGGCGAGCCUGCCCUGUUGGACAAAGCUACGGAGCUCGGAGACAUGCUGUACAUGGCCUUUGACACUCCCAAUCGUAUGCCCGGCUUCUGGUUCAACUUUCAGGACGCCAAAAAAGGACGCCAAAUAGCAGGGCACAACGAUCCGUCCGCGAGUCCCUGCUCUCUCUCGCUCGAGUUUACUCGACUCUCGCUCCUUACCGGCGACCCCAAAUACUACGACGCCGUCGCCCGCAUCACCGACUUCCUGGAGCGGACACAGAACCAGUCCAAGCUACCGGGCAUGUGGCCCAAGCUGAUCGACUUCCGCGACCAGACCGUCAACACAGAGAUUGGCUUCUCCAUGGGCGCCUGGGCCGACUCGCUCUACGAAUACCUGCCCAAGAUGUCGGCCUUGCUGGGUGGUCACCUGCCGAACUACGAGAAGAUGUACCGCACCGCCAUGGACACGGCACAGCAACACCUGCUGUUCCGGCCCAUGGUACCCGAGGACGACAAAGAAGGCCAGGUCGCUCUCUUCCCAGGCGACGCAUUUGUCCACACGGACAAGAUCAACUACGUCCCAGAAAGCCAGCAUCUGUCCUGCUUCGCGGGCGGCAUGUUCGGCCUUGGUGGCAAGCUGUUCGACAUAGCCGCGCACGUCGCCCUCGGCGAGCGGCUGGCCCGGGGCUGUGCCUGGGCAUACAAUGCGUUUCCCACCGGCCUGAUGCCCGAGGUCUUCAGCGUCGUCCCCUGUCCCUCCAUCGACGGCGCCUGUCCGUGGGAUGAGGAGCGGUGGAAGAAGGAGGCCGGCAAUAAUAUGCCGAGGGGUUUUAAGAGCGCCCGCGACACGCGCUACAUUCUCCGCCCCGAGGCCAUUGAGAGCGUGUUUUUGCUGUACCGGAUGACGGGCAAGCCGGACCUGAGGGAGAAGGCGUGGCGCAUGUUUCAGGCGGUUAUGAAUGCGACCGAGACGCGGCUGGCUAACUCGGCUAUUGCGGAUGUGACUGUCACGGGGAAGCCUGUCCAGACAGACUCGAUGGAGAGCUUUUGGCUGGCCGAAACGCUCAAGUACUUCUACUUGAUAUUUUCGCCGCCAGACCUCAUCAGCCUGGAUGAGUUUGUCUUCAACACCGAGGCACAUCCCUUCCGGCGGGCGAAAUGAGUGGAACGGCACAUUCGUAAGGACACCUUAGCCGAGAGUGUACACAUAUCGCCCAUAGAACCAGGAUAGAACCAAAAAGGUAGUAUUUCUAUGUACAGUGGGGGUCCAAAAGUCUGCGGCACCCCGCAUCGAGAUCCCCCGCCACACAUUUCUUUGAUGAUGCAGCCCAAUAACGUAUCUCAGCAUAACUUUCCACUACCAAAAGGCCUAGCAAAUUAGAUACAUACAGAUGAAAACCCAGGUUUCAGCCAUC